AGAGAGAAAGGAGAGAUACUGUGGUAUAUUCUUUGAACGUGCACCUUUUAUAACUAAAAUCUAAUUAGCUCAUCAACCCAGAAGCCAAGCAAAUCCUCCAUUAACGGACACUUUUUCUCCUGCACAAACACCCACUCUGUGUGUGAGAGAGAGAAAAAAUUCUUAUGCUGAUAAUGCAAUGUUUUCAAGAUUUGGGAAUGGCUUGAUGAAGGGGAUUUGGGGAGGGUCUUGGCCACCCCUCUGAAUUCCCCAUAAUCUUUCUUAUAUUCUUCCUUGCUGAUCAUCUCUGCAACCCAAAAAAAAAAAAAAAAAGAGGCAAAAAAUUGUGGGGAAGGUGAAGGAAAUUGCCAGAAAGUCAAAGAAUCUGAGAGAAAGUGGAGAGAAGGUUGGUGGGUUGGCUUUGUUUUACUUUCCUAGCUUUUUAGCUACUUUAUGGAGGCUUCUGGGCUGCCAUGGUUUCUCUAAGAGAAGCUUCUUCCACUUGAAAUGAUCAUUUUCCUACUAGAGGUUGUUUUUCAGUAGCCCGAGCUGUUAUUUGAUACAGAGUAUUUGAGAAUAGAAGCGAUUAUUCUGACAGCUUCAAACUACAGGACAUAUCUAGUUAGUUAGCUACCAAUUUUGGGGCUUUCAGAAACUUGUUCCAUUUUGAAGUUUGCUUGGGUUGCUUGAGAAAUGAAAAUCUUUAUGGCAUUUAGAACAUUUUAGGCAAUGAAAACUGGCUCUUUUCUGGUUAUUGAGACCUUAAUCUGAGGCAAAUACAUCUCCUUUGGCAGUGUGUGGACCUGAUUGCUUCAUCGGUUUUUCUUAAGGGAAAAUCCCAUUUAGCUUCCAAAAGGACAAGAACUCUGUACCCCUUCGAGACAUAUGUGCUUCAGUGUUGGCUCUGGGCAAAUCUCCUUUGGCAAAUGUUGAAAGUCCUGUAGUUGAAUGGUUAUCUUUUUGCGGUUCUUUUAGGUGUUACAUUCCCAAUUCAGCAAAAAUCAGGUCAUUCAGCAGGGAACUCGGGCUUCAACUUCAAAUUGUGUCAGGAAGAACUCAAUUUGCAUUUCAUACCAGACUCAUUUAAGCUGUGGGAAAGUUCUUUGGCUGUCGAAUUUGUUGGGAAAAUUCAUUUACCAUUUUGGAAUCUUUAAGUAGAUUCCAUCAAAACCGUUUGUUUGUCUUUUGGGCAAAUCUCCUUUGGCAAUUUAUCUCCAAUUUUUGGGGACGCUAUCUAGAUCUCUGUUUCACAAGAUCAGAUUGAUCUAGAAAGCAAAUUAUUUAAUAGCAUAUAUAAUAUAUUAUCUUGACCGUUUAGCAAGGUUGUGACAUCUCUAUCAAUCAAUUUGGAAAAGCUACACUUGCUAUAUCAACAGACAAGGACCUUGAAGUUACACUUGUGGCUAUAAUUUGUUGGUCUUCUCACAUUAUGGAUUUGAACUUGAGUGACAUUGAUAGUGAAAGCAGCAACUCUGAGGAUCAGGAUUAUGCUGAACACCUAUUUGGUGGAAAUGCUUAUUCGAUUCUAUCUAGUCUUAAGGAAAGCAUCGAGAAAAUCGAUGAUUUCCUCUCUUUCGAAAGGGUGUUUUCCCAAGGGGACAUAGUUUGCUUAGUAACGGAUCCAUCUGGGCAGACGGGAAGAGUUGUCAAUGUUGAUCUAGUUGUUGAUUUGGAAAACAUUUAUGGACAUAAAAUACGAGAAGUCAGCUCCAAAAAGCUUCAAAAAAUACGUUCAAUGUCGGUAGGGGAUCAUGUAGUGUAUGGACCAUGGCUAGGAAAAAUCGAAAAAGUAGUUGACAGGAUAACAGUCCUGUUUGAUGAUGGUGCUAAGUCUGAGUUCACCACAAUGGGUCCAGAGAAGUUCACGCCCGUUUCUCCAGACUUACUUGAAGAUCCUCAGUAUCCGUUUUAUCCAGGUCAAAGAGUGAUGGUUCAGACUCAACCUGUUCCCCAAUCGACCAAGUGGCUGUGUGGUGCACGAUAUGAUAAACGAGACCUCGGGACCAUCUGCAAUGUAGAUGCUGGAGUUGUGUAUGUCGAUUGGCUUGGUUGUGCAACAAAUCAUGAUGAGAAGGUAUUAUCUGCUCCUGCACAUUUCCAGGAUUCGAAAAAUUUGACCUUGUUGUCGUGUUUUUCUGAUUCAAAGUGGGAGAUUGGUGAUUGGUGCUUGCUUCCAGACUAUGAGAAUGCCCAGCAGAGUUCUGUUAGUCCACCGCUUUGUGGAUUUCCGGGAGGUGAUGAGCAAUCAAGCAAGCUAUUUCAGACGAGAAGCCAAAAGGUUGAGGAACUGGCAGUAAUUGUGAGGACAAAGGCGAAAGUUGAUGUUCUGUGGCAGGAUGGUAACAUAACAGCGGGAUUAAAUUCAGAUUCUCUGUUCCCUGUAAAUAUCGUCGAUGCCCACGACUUUUGGCCUGAUCAGUUUGUGCUGGAAAAGGGAGUUUAUGAUGACUCAAGCAUUUCAAGUCUCGAUAAAUGGGGCGUAGUCAAAUCUGUGGAUGCAAAGGAGCGGACAGUGAAGGUGAAAUGGAGUACUUUUCAUGCCAAGGAACUUAAUUUUGACGGGGAGCACGUUGAAGAAACUGUGAGCGCUUACGAAUUGAUGGACCACCCAGACUACCCGUUCUGUGUUGGUGACGCUGUGUUUAGGUCCAAUCUCACGCACAUUAGUUCCAACAUAGAUGAGAACAGGUGCCCGUGCAAUGAUUACUCAUCAAGCAUUGGUAUAAUUGUUGGCUUCGAGGAUGGAAACAUUAAAGUGAAAUGGGCUACUGGUGCUAUAAGCAUGGUUGCUCCAUAUGAGAUCUUCCAUAUAGAUAAAUCCAAAGAUGCAUCAACCACUACCAUACCUUACGGUGAAAAUCUCGAGCAAUCAAAUGUGGAAGUGAAUCUGCACGGCGAUCAAUUUUCGAGAGACAAAGGAAAGGAUUCAUUGGAUUUUGAUGGCAAUGGUAUAAGUUGCAAAGAGAAGCCCUUGGCCUCUGGUUCCUGUUCCCUUUCCCAAGCUGCUAUUGGACUUUUCUCAAGUAUCGGCUCGAGUCUGUUCAGUUCCUUGAGUACAUCCCUGUUUGGUGGAUACCAGAAUAUAUCCCAAGAGAAAAAACCGGAGAUUCUCGAUGAGGAAACUGUACUGCAUUGCACUCUCGACACUGAUCCUCCACCUCCAGCUGUUACAGGCUCGAAGAAAUCUGGAGAAGAAAAUUCAGAGCAAGUGAUGGAAGAAGCUAAGCUGAAAACCGAGGAUGCACCCUCGACUAGUAGCAAGCUGCCAGAAAAUUUCAAGCGGUUUGACAUGGUUAACGAUUGCUCAGACCACCAUUUUGUCGAUGGAACUGGAAAGGAUGUAAAGUCAUCCCAGGUGAAAAGAGGUUGGACGAAGAGGGUCCAGCAAGAAUGGAACAUUUUGGAGCACGAUCUUCCCGACACAAUCUAUGUGCGUGUCUAUGAAGAGAGAAUGGAUUUGCUUCGUGCUGCUGUUGUUGGUGCUCCCGGAACCCCAUAUCAGGAUGGGUUGUUCUUCUUCGAUAUCUGCUUUCCUCCAGAGUAUCCACACGAGCCACCUAUGGUCUACUACCAUUCUGGUGGGCUUCGUGUCAAUCCCAAUUUGUACGAGUCUGGGAAGGUGUGCCUCAGUCUAUUGAAUACGUGGACAGGCUCUGGGAACGAAGUUUGGAACCCAAAAAGUUCCACGAUUUUACAAGUGCUCCUCUCGCUCCAAGCUCUCGUGCUGAACGAGAAGCCUUACUUCAACGAGGCAGGGUAUGAUACGCAGAUUGGCAAAGCAGAUGGCGAGAAGAACUCUGUCAGCUAUAACGAGAACGCCUAUCUGGUUACGUGCAAGUCCAUGCUAUACUUGCUACGCAAACCACCCAAGCAUUUCGAAGCACUCAUCGAAGAACAUUUCAGCAAGCGAGGCGAGCAUAUUCUGUUGGCUUGCAAGGCCUAUAUGGGCGGGGCUCCUGUGGGUUCCACAUCCGGGCGCCUCAACUCUGAUCAAGAACCGAUCAAAGGAAGCUCUAAAGGAUUCAAGAUCAUGCUCGCCAAGCUUUUCCCUCAACUCGUGGAGGCGUUUUCUGAUAAAGGUAUUGAUGAUUGCAGCCAAUUCUUGAACCCCAGUGAGUGAAUGAGAAUCAUACACCUCUGGGGAUAAAAAAAAAAUCAAUGAUACCAUAUAAUACCAUACAAUAAGAAGCAGCAUAGUAUCUGCUACUAUGGUGUGAUAUUCUGUGUUAAUAUUCUGUGUGUUGUUUAAUAGUAUUAGUGUCUGAGAAGGAAGGAGUGUGAAAAAUGUGUUGUCUGCAGCUGUCUCUGUAAUAUAUGAUUGCUUUAAAUGAGUGAAUGAAUAACAAUGUAGCUUUGUGUGGUAGGCUUAAAGACUUUUAAA